GUUACAGUAUUCUGUAUUGUGAAGCGAAAAGGAGGAAGGAAUAUAUAGAAGCCCUGAGACAUGAGAUCGUAGUGGGCUUCUCAUGGGCUGUAUUUUUAGCGGUUGCUUCUCUCUGGCUUGAGUCGUGCUGAAACCGGUUCUCUCAGGAGUUGCCGGAGCAACAAAGACCGGCCACGAGUGUCCUGCCACGAAAAACUUUCAAGGGUUCCGCGGAAUAUCCGAGUGCGCGAAAAGACCUUAUUGCCGAAAGGGCUACAGGGACCGGGCAGGGAGGGAGAAGGGACGAAAAAGGAGGGAAGGUUUUGAGAUCCCUGAGAACGAAAACGAUUUAAAAGGGGAAUUCACUUGGACGAGCUCAGUAAGGAUUUACGACGAAAAAAACUAUAUUUUUUUUAUCGAUUUUCAUAUCAUAGCAUCGGAAUGAAAAUACGAAGCAGCCGUCAAUGUCGCGAUGGAGGAAAAACAGUUGGGACCCUAUUUUUGACACGACGAGUCGAUGAUACAAGAGCUAGAAAAUAAACAAGUGUAGAAAAAACAUUUCGUUUGUCCACGUUGAGGGUUAUCAGGACGCGAGUCGCUAAAAAAAUCCAGUUGGAAGUUAUCAACGCUCAACGGGACGUUCGAGGAAUAUUGUUUUAUUUUUUUUUUAAUUUUUUUUUUUUUUUUUUUUUUUUUAUUUAAAGAUAACCAAACGUGGAAAGCUGUUAGUGCUCCACGAAAUCGGGCACAACCGCGAGGGAGCAGGAUCGUUAACGUUUCUUUCGACAUCGCAGAAAAAUAUAUCCACGAACGCACACACCCGUACGCACUUUAAUACACGCGCACGCAUACCCACGAUUUGGUUGGAAUGCGCGAACCUUCCCCGCGAAGUAUCUCGUCUCUCGCAACAUUACAAUACGACGAAAAAAAAACUAAACGCACGAAUUCAUAAAGGCUUAUCUCUGGGAAUCUCCAGCUUGGACGAAUUCCUUCGAAAGAAAAAUAUCGUCUAUACCUACCGCGACACUCCAAUCCGAUGCGAAAAAUAAUGAAGGAAAACUGCACGAGUGAUUUUCGAUGCUGAAAAAAAUAUGAAGGGGCGCCCUAAUGUUGUAACCGGUAAAGCGAGUGAUAGAAUUUGUCCCGUCGUUUUCUAAAUAUCGUAAGUUUGACGUUAGUGAUCAAGGUGAAACGUGCUGCUGUCACAUCGUGACGUUCUAGUGCCGUUAGACGAGCCUCUCGUGAGCACCGCCUGCGUCUAAAUACGAGAAUAGGCUGUUACAAGGAAGAGAGAAAGUUCUCCCAUCUCGCGUCUGGUACGAGGACGUGCUCCAACGAAACUCCACUAUCAUCCGGAAAACUUUUUCUUCGUCUGCCACAACUGUACAAAAUACCGUUGUGGCUGUGCUGGUUCUGUUGAACGAAACGAUUUACAAUAAAUAAAAGUGCAAUCGAUGGUAAUAUUGCUCGAGGCACAACCAGAACUACUAAUGCUUGAAACGGUAUGAAGAAUGGCCGAUACAAACAACCGUCAUGGUGUUCACGGUGUCGCAAGUACCGCGGGAGAUCCACUGAGGGGCGAGAAACGAGCGCUCGCAGCGAGGGUUGCUUCGGGUGCUUUGGCACUCGGUGUCCUCGCCGUUGUUUUGCAAUCAGCUGCAACGGCGACUCCUGCUUGGGGUUACUACACAAAUCCCGAUGCUGGGAAUGCAGCCGAAAAUGGUUACUUCGGUCCAUGGAGACAAUGCAAGUUACUGCUAUACGGACGUGAGAGGUGUGAACAAGGAAGUUCGAGAUUCCGGCCAGUCACAGCGGUAUGGGCGGCCGGAAUAGCAGCGGCUUCUGCAUCCGUAUUCCUGGCCAUUCUCGUAGGGAUUUCUGUACUUCAACUUGCAAUGGCAUCUUCGGGGAAACGUGUCGUUAUGUCCUACAGCACUGCGCUCAUCAGUAAAGUUGCCCUUGCGACGCUCGCCACUUGUCUAUCCAUUGCAGCAGCGAGUUUAUUCGCCCUGCAAACAGAUGACCGAGCCAAUAGUUUUGUGGUCACAAGAGGAGAGGCGUUCUACAUGCAGGUAGCAGCUAUUGCACUUAACUUUGGCGUUCUUGUGUCAGCUGUUUAUGAGGGUAUUUAUGCGAGGCGAGGGGGUGAUCCUACGAAGCUCGGAGAAACGAUCGAUCAACGUUCAACGACGAUUAACAAUCCGGGAUAUCGGGAACAUCGUCAUCCAACCAAUGGAGGAACCGUUUCGAUGACAGACGCGAGCGGAAAACCUUACGCCAGCACUGGUGCAGCUGGAAACGGCUCUAUGGCGUCAGUCGCAACGUCAGGCAGUAUCGCAAGUACAGCAUCACCGUUACGAAGUUCACUGAAGAAACCCAAACCCCUGGGUAUUCACAAUCCUGGAUUCUCGGCCCACAGUCCAACCCUUUCGAGAAACGGUUCCCAAAAGAAAGUCCGGAUACAAACGCAUUCGACAGAAGUGUGAGAUGAAAAUAUUGAGAAUGCAACGAAAUUCAAUUUUUUAGCCAGGAUAUAGAGAUUUUUAAAUCUGAUUCUAUGAUAUUAUCGCAUCAUAAUAUAUUUUACAAAAGUUCUAUAUAUAUAAAUAUACAUAGAUGGAUAUAUAAAUAUAUAGAUAUAUAUAUAUAUAUAUGUAAUUUAUAUUACAUAUUAAACAUAUUUUAUGAUGCUGUGGUCUGAUCUGUCAUUAAUCAUAACGGAUCGAAAACUAAUCAAAUGAAUCGUGAUAGCGGAGAUUCGGAGAGUACGUCGUAUUCUGCCUCAUAUAUUAUUUCUUUUUUAUCCAUAUUUGUUGUUGUUGAAUGAGGAUUGGCAUUCACAUUUUUACGUUGAAGGUAAAAUCGAGGGUUGAAAAAGAGGAAAAAAUUGGAAAGAGAUCUUGAUACUUUACGAUGUUUCGAGGCAUUUUGGGCAUUUUUAUUCGCGUCUGUUUCUUGAAUUUUUCUCGUAAAAUUCUUUAUAAUUUGCGUUGUAACUAUCAAAGAGGCUAGUUAGACGAUUUGUUGGUGUUUUAAAAAGAUAUUUCGAAAACGUGAAUUUUAUCCAAAGUAGAGUGUGAAUUGCUACGAUUGUACGGCUAUUUGGCAACGUUAUUUGAAACCCGGUCUAUCGGGAUGAGAAAGCGAAACGAAAUUUCAAUCGAAUUGCAUAAAUCAAUUUGAGGUUUGAUCAGUUUUUUUUACCCUCGUAGGAAAUCGAAGUGAUUGAAUUUUCCGAAUUUUUAUGCGCGUGCAUUGAGGGUGACUGAAAAAUACGUCACGCUGGAUUAAAUUUAUUGUCGCAGUUAUAAAAAAUCCACCUACAUUACGUGCAGUUUAUAAGAAUCAGGCGCAGUCCAAAAUGCACCCGAGGAUACCUUGAAUAUACGAGGUAUACUUGCGCAGUAUCUGCCUUCGUUAUUAAUAUCUGUUAUCGGAUCUAUCAUAGUAUGUGUGAUAUCAUAUUUGUGCAAAAAAUGUUGAUUUGUGAUCCUCUUUUUAGGAAUAGUAAGAUUGCCGUUAUUAUUUACGAAAUUCAAUGUUUCUUACCAUACGGAAAAAAGCAUCGAGAUUUUUUAAGGGUCAUGAACAGUGUAAACGUUCGAAUUUUAGGUGCUUUUUGUUUAUUUUAUAAAUCAAAAUUGGUUGGAUGGAUUUAAAUAAACCCUGGUACACAUCUUUUAUUGAGAAGUAGUGUGAAAACAUUUUUUUUUAAAUAUUUUUUUCGUGGUAUUUUUCGUGUGCUGAAAAUGGCACCUCUUGAAUGAGCUUUGACAGCAAAUCUCAAAAAUGGAACAUCUCAGGACAAUAGAUCAAAAAGAUUCUUAAAAUAUAUGCUAUUAACUACGGCAUGACGCAGGGGAUUUUCAAAAUAUCGUUUAGAAAAAUAAUGGCGACCAUUUUAAGAAAAAAAUCACAAUUUUUGUGGUUUUCUCAGUAGUAAAUUGUUUAUAAAAGAAAAAAUAAAGUUAUCAAGAAAAUGUCUACGUCAUGCUGGAAACAUGCGUUUUCCCUACAAAAUGUAAUUUGAAUUAAGUCGCUGGGAUAAAAACUUUUUCCGUUUUGUUGUCAACGCCGAUUCAAGGGGUGCCAUUUUCGACACACCAUUGUACAAAAAUAUACUAUUAAAAAAAUUUGUUAAAAAAAAAUUUCCAGUACUUUUGAGUAUGUAAAAGAUGUGUACCAGGUUUUAUGUAAAUCGAUUCAAUCAAUUUUUAUUGAUAAAAGAAACAAAAAAACACCGAAAAUUCAACGUUUACACUGUUCACAGUCCUUAAGUAAGCGACCACGUUAUGGUUUUCGAGCGAUGCUGAAACUCAAUAGUUUUCUUUCGUAACAUAUUUUCAAAUAUUCACAAUGUACAUGCGGACUUUGAACGUAAAAGUUGACUUCCUUGCAGUUCACUACUCUUGGAUUUUUCAUAACUGUUCAAUCGCAGCAUAGAUGCGAGGCUCAAAUAUUCUGAAAAAUGUAUCAGAGGUUUUUGUAAACGUCUCAUUUGCUUUUCAAACCAUUCAAUCCCCACAUUCUUAACCGAAAAUAAAUAUCCAUAGAUCAACAAACGUUCAGAGACAUUAUUUUGGCAAAGAAUAUCUCAUAUUUGUGUUAAAAGUUGCGGGUAUAUUGAAUGAAAAAAAUCGCAUUCCGUCCAGCCGUAUUAAGGCAGCUUAGCCGUAAAACGGCGAGAGAUAUUUAUAUUUUUUAGCGAUUCUUUCUGAAAUAUACACAUAUACAAAUGCAAAUAAUAUAACACUCGAUAUUAUGAAUAUAUAUUAGAUUUAUUAUAUAUAUAUUAUAUGGAAUGGAGCGUGAGAGCGAAUGCAAAAUAUUUUACAAAGUAUUUUUUCAAAACAUUGUUUUCCCCGCACAAAACUUCAUCGUGAAAUGAUUAAGCCCAAACAAAAUAUGUUUUUUUAUGGCGUAACUCACCAUUUGGAUAAAUCGAAUGGUUUCAAUUAUUUAAAAAAUUGUUAAAAUUUAUUUGAUCGAAUUGAUAUAGCAACGAUUUAAAGACUUAUUAUAAAACCUAGCGCAACUACGAAUUAAGGUUUGGAGUUAAAAAACUGUCCGCAGAGGUUGGUUUUGCCUAUCGGUUGUUUAUUCUAUUAGAAAGUAUAAAUAUACUUACCGCGUUCUCACGAAGAUACGGCGAUGGGAUGUGUCUUUGUGUACACUUUCUUGAAAAUUUUAAACCAACUUGAUUUGCCUUUGACGUUGUUCGCUUUCGAUUCGAAGAAUUGAAAAGUUCGGCGUCGUUCAAAAAAUCAAGGUGGAAAAACUGUGUGAACAAGAUGCUAAAAACUAUAAGUGCCUUACAGCGUUGAUUUAGUAACGUAUUACAUUAUGAAUUUAAUUCAAGACAGUGAAAACGAAACUGCGCAUCAUUGUGUUGGCGUAGAACGUCUUAUUCAUUAACUCACUUCAAUAUCCAUGGACCCAAAAACCUUUUGGAAUAUUAUACGAUUCAAAAAUGUAUUAUUUCUUUAUUAGUUUUUGGAACGAUUCAUUCUAUUGCUAUCGAAUAAUCAGAAUGAAAAAUACGAGUAAUUCUCGUUAUCUUGAAAAGGAACUUUUGGAUUGUGUUCAAUUUUGCUACUCGCUUAUUGUCAACGAACGUUGUUUUAUUAUUGGUCGUUUGUGCCCUGAAUUGAAAAAUUUAUGUAUAGUAAGUUACACAUUUUGGUACGAAAUCAUUCACAUUAUUAAUAUUUCUUUGUAGCAUCAAAAGUACAUUGAAAUGAUUUUUUCAAGAAGCCAACAAAGCGCAUGAUACUCGCGAGGUUAUCUUCGAAUUUCGGAAAACUUUUGUUACGAUGCACGAUAUAUAAACUGAAGAGUGCAUGGAAAUAUGCAGGUCCUUUGUGAAUUAUGAUAAACUGUUUUAGCGUGAGAAAUCAACGGCUGGUGAUGGAAAGGUUCGUUGCCCUGUUUGUUCCCAAGCGUACCGGGUACCUACAUCCCCUCCACAUUGUAAAUAUUAUCUCAAUAUUAAUAUUAGUCUUAACAAACUGGGAAAGCGUUACAAUUAUGUAAAUAACUCAAGUCGAAUCAAACCGUACAAUAGAUCAUUUCCUAUGGAAUUUUUCCUUCCCCCUCCUCCCUUCAUCGACACUCAAUCGAGUGUUCACAAAUCGUUCGAAUUAAUUCUAUAGGUCUGAUUUUGCUACGAAUAUAUCCCAUACAACUGCAAAAAAGAAUCUGUGGCACUUGCAAGUCUGAUAAAUUGUAUAUGUGUAUGCCUGAGUGUGCGUCCGUGUGUGGAUUUUUCAUGCUUUGAGGAUUGACAUCGAACGAUAAUUUGUAAAAUAUUUCGUUCGUGUCCAAUGGAUCUGAUUGUAAAGAGACACUGGGAGAUUACGAUGUUUUCGAUUUUAAAUCGCAGGUAUGAUCAACAAAUAAAUUCCUUUUGAAAUACA